GAAGUCCAGCGUCUGAGCGCUGGAAAAGACCAGUCAAGAUUGGAGAAAUCCACAAUGGGAGCUUCCUGGUCAGAUUCCACCAAGAAAAGCAAGCCGGAGAAAGCGCCAUUUGCUCAUCUUAUAAUUGAUAGCCACAAUAUUCCAUCUGGCACCGGGAAAGUGAAUCUGACAUGUUGGCACCAUGACAAAGGCUGGGCAAACGUGCUGAACAUGACCUUCAGUGACGGCAGGCUCAUAGCCAAUCACGACGGCUUUUACUACCUGUACGCCAACGUGUACUUCAGGCACCACGAAACGUCGGGCAACCUGACUGGCCAGACGCUGCAGCUGAUGGUGUACGUGACCAAAACCGAUGCCAGGCGGAGAAACUCGGUCGUCCUGAUGAAAGGCGGAAGCACCAAGAACUGGUCGGGCGAAUCCGAGUUUCAUUUUUUCUCGGUCAACGUCAGCGGGUUCUUCAAACUGAAGUCGGGAGAGAUGGUGAGCCUCCAGGUCUCCUACCCUUCCUUGCUGGACCACUCCCCGGAAGGAACUUAUUUCGGCGCUUUUAAAAUAAGAGAUAUCGAUUGA